AUGAAGCAACUUGUCUCGAACCAGCAACCUCCUGAGAAUGGCUCAACAAGCUCCUGCGGCCAGAGCCGGCACUUCAUGGCCAGAAUCGUAGGAGGAAGGGAUGCAAUGGCAGGAGAGUUUCCAUGGCAGGUUUCUCUCCGGUUGGGUAGGCGGCACCUGUGCGGUGGAGCUCUCAUAGCUCCUCGCUGGGUGCUGACAGCAGCGCAUUGCCUAAGAAAUAGGGAUGCUGGCGACUAUCACAUCGAUGCGGGUGUCCACAAGCUCAGCCUCGACAAUGCCCAGAAGCAAGUGAGACAGGUAAGCGGCAUCUGCGUCAUUUUUUUUCUUUCCCCGUCAUGAAAUAUGAACUAUGCAGAGGAUGGAAUGGGAACUGUCAGUACGUCGCAAAGUCUGAAUAUGCUUAUGCCACAAAAAGUGGUUUGCAGCACUAGAAAUACGUUUUCGCCCUCUUUAGACACUUCAAUGGGGCGCC